AUGGAUAUGCACUCAAUGCCACCAAUAGUACAGUAUCUCCUCGAAAAGAACUGGAUGGGACAAGGAAUACACGAUUUAUUCGUCGAUCUUGAGCAUAUACUUUCCAACACUCAGUUCUUACUGACUGCCGAAGCAAACGCAGAUCGGCUAAGAAAGUUUUUGGACGACGGGAACCUCACUACUGUUGUAGGCUACAGUUUAUGGCUUGCGUUCUUUACAUAUGCAGUAGAUUUUCUGUUUACUCUUAUAUGGAACUAUACCGAUAUUUUUCUCACUGCUAUUUCGUUAUCGUUGGCGAACAUGUUCAAACAAUUCAAUAAAGAUCUCAGAAUGACUGCUAUCAAUGUAUCUAACGAGAAUACAGUUUCUUAUUGGAGAAAGAAAAGAGAACUAUACAAUAAGCUCUCUUUGUUUGCAAAGACAGUCGAUGAUAAAAUAUCUCAUUUGGUACUCAUUUCGUUCGCUGUCAAUCUAUACUUCAUUUGUAUUCAACUCCUCCACAGUAUACAACCUUUGACAUCCUUGCUUCGAGUAGCCUAUUUCUGCGGUUCGUUCGGGCAUAUCCUCUUCAGGACAUGUUCGGUAUGUUUCGCUGCCACCAGUAUCUACGAGCACAGCAAAGGAUCACUUUCGGUACUGUAUUCUGUUCCACCCGAGCAGUUCAACAGUGAGGAUAACGCGCUUUUUUACUGGAGAAAGAAAAGGGAACUCUACAACAGGCUCUCUCAACUCGCCAUGUCAGUGGAAGAUAAAAUGUCUGGUUUGGUACUCAUUUCUUUCGCCACCAAUCUAUAUUUCAUUUGUAUUCAACUCCUCAACAGUAUACAACCUUUGGAAUCGUUUCUUCGUGUAGCCUAUUUUUGUGGUUCCUUUGGGCACUUACUCUUUAGAACUAUCUCUGUGUGUUUCGCUGCUACCAGUAUCUACGAGCACAGCAAAGAAUCUCUUCCGAUACUAUACUCUGUCCCACCCGAGCAGUUUAACAGAGAGGUUCAACGUCUCAUACACCAGAUGACCAGUGAGACCCUGGCAUUAACCGGUUGUAAAUUUUUCACCGUGACUCGCUCUCUGAUGUUGACAAUAGCAGGGACUAUAGUCACUUACGAAGUAGUACUUGUUCAGUUCAGCGGCAAGUCCGAUGAAAGUGCAAAAUGA